UCGAGCUAUAUAAGCUGCGCUCCCUCAGAUCGCCAAUCAAAGUAGAACUUGAAUUCACUCUGUAAACAUGAACUGUCUGAAGAUCUGCGGCUUUGUCUUUGCCCUAAUCGCUGCUUUGGCGACGGCAGAAGCUGGGACCCAAGUCAUUAAUGCUGGCGGACACACACUGAUUCAAACCGAUCGCUCUCAGUAUAUACGCAAAAACUAAAAUAAAACAGCAAAAUUAAAAAUAAAAAA